AUGGGGUUAUACCGGAGGAAAAACGAGUCGGACCCUCUUGAGGUAGCGUCAUUCCUCAUUGAUCAGCUGGAGGGACACGGCCGGCUGCAUGGAUACAAGCUCCAUCACCUCAACUGCAUCCAAGCUGGAUAUGUUGUCACCCAAAGUACAGUGAGGCAUUUGUUAAAGUUUCUCGACCCCCGCGGUGUUGAACAGAGACGGAGAAAUCGCCUUACACAGCGCAUGUACUUUAACCCAGGACCUAAUUUCAUGUGGCAUGUUGACUCGUACGACAAAUUAAAACCAUUUGGUGUCUGUAUAAAUGGAGCAAUGGAUGGCUUUUCAAGACUUGUGAUAUGGCUACAUGCCUAUUCAACAAACAGCGAUCCCAAAGUAAUCGCUGGGUAUUUCAUAAAGGAAGUUGAGAGGAGGAUGGGGACAGCAUCCAGACUUCGGGACAGAAAAUGUAACCAUGGCAGAAAUGCAGAGGUUCUUGCGAUGGAGUACGGAUCAUCCUUGUCGCCGCCUUGUCACCAACUGUUACAUCGCUGGGUCCAGUAAUCACAAUCAGCGGAUCAAAAGCUGGUGGGCCUUUUUGAGAAGACAUCAUGCCCAGUACUGGAUGAAUCGUUUCCAGCAACUGAAAGACAAAGACUGCCUCUCUGGAGACUUCUUGGACAAGCAACUUAUAUUGUUUAGUUGCCUGGCCAUCAUCCAGGUAUGUCAGAUGCAUGUGCCAUCAUCUUGUGUGUGUGUGUGUGUGUGUGUGUGUGUGAUAUCUUGAGCACGAGAGAGAGAGAGUGAGCGCCCGUUAGCUAAUCAGAGGUGCACAGAGAAGAAUCUUUUUUUUUUUUUGAAUUAACAAAGUAUUUUCCAUAUUCCAAUAAUGGAUCCCAUUGAUGUAUUUUGUGAUUGAUCUAUAAUCUAACUAAGAUCUAAUCCGUGGUUCAAAACGUUACCAAACUUUGCCCUCUCGCGAGAUCUGUCCGAAAAUCUCACACGCACACUCUAGUGGUAUGAGUACACCGCCAUCUACUGGUCAAAAGCCAGUGGGCUUUCUAUUGCAGCUGUCAAAAUCCUAUGCCUAUAUAUUAAUAUAUUUUUUAUAUCUAUUUUUUUUUUUUACUACAUAGGAAGAACUGCAGCAAGUUGUACAUUUGUGGAACACCCAUGUUAUCCGGAGGAGCAGAAAUGCAGUGGCUCCAAGUGGACGUUCCAUUCUCAAGUACACCAUCCCUCACCUAUUUGGAGGACAAGAUCAUCUGAAAGAAGUCUCUCUGGCAGCAGUGGAGGCUUGUAAAGAGGAGUGCCAUCAGAGAGGACCUCAUCCUUGUGAUGAAACUGUAUUCAAUAUGUGUUGCCUUAUAAUGACAGAGAACUUCUUACACUCUCCCACCACACCAGAUGAAGCUAUAGAGCUGUAUCUUUUCCUGUGAGCAUGCAUUCUAAGAGACUUAGAAAUUACUUUGUGAUUUCUAUUGUUGAUGUGAUCCGUUUUGAACAUUUAAUGCAUGGGGAAAAGAAACAUCCCGACUAUGAUGUUUCUCAUUACCAUGUGAUUUGUACUUCAGGGGAAGGGUCACACAACAACACAACUCCAGGGCUCUUUCUUGUGCUUUCUUCCUCGGGGCUGCAUUUUUCUUUUUUACACGACACAUGCAGACCUAAGCAUGAAACAAAAUAUACUGUUUUAUUUUGUAGUAACAGCAUUCAGAUUUUCUUUCAAAUUGCUCUUUUACGUAACAGUACAUUAACAUGUAGAGCAUGUAUUGGGGAACUCAUUAGACAACUCAUAAUCGGGUAACAAGAGUAUAGAAAAGUAGUCAGAUCUUGAGCUGCAUUAUAGAAGAAAUAACAUCACGGAUGUGUUUUUUUCAUCAACUUGACAGGUAAAAAAAAUCCCUGUGCUUAUGUAUUAUUACACUGUGUAUCACAAAUGUAAACAUUAACAAAAUAAACAGUUUCCCAACAUUAAGGUGUAAGUCUACAUUCCUUUUGUAGCAACAUUUACAACCACUGUAGAAUCAAAUUGCUCUUUUACAUAACAGAGUAGAACAUUUAAUGGGAAACUCAUUAGAGAAGUCAUAAUCAUACAAGAGUAUAGAAAAGUGGUCAGGUCUUCUCAAUAACAAUUAUUAUUUUUCCAUCAACUUGACAAGUCAUAAAAUGCUCUGCUCUGAAUAUCUGUAGACAUUCAUUAGACAUACACAUUAGACAUGUGCACCAUUAUCUUAGAUGAGAUAAGCAUAUCAUUACAAAGCUAAACUAGGCUGAAUUUGUAUGAUGUUUUGUCAAUCAGUACACUGUCAAACUCAGUGCGUAGCUCUGGAUAGGAAGCGUAUGUCCAUGGUAGUUCCAGAACUGGACCACAUGUGUGUGCAACAGGUCUUCGUGCAAGUCCUUCAACUGCCGUGAACAUGAUGGUAAUUUUGCUUGCACAUAUGACAUCUGACCCUGUCACAAACCUUAAUACUCUUCGGAGACCUGCCUCAUCUAAGCCUCUGAUGUAUUGUUGCAAGAAACGAAAGCUUUGGGUCUCGGCUUGACUUGAGGGAGAGGCAUGUAGCAUUUUCAGAAGCCUUUUGGUUGUUGGCUUUUUGGCUUCAUACAUGUGCAGGACAUCUUGUGGGCUGGCGAGAGCUUCUCUUAGGGAGGAACCAGCAACGAAAGACAUCUUUUCUGAUGCAUAUCUUGGCUUUUGGAUCAACUGCUUGUGUGCCACUUUCAGAAGGAUGCCUUUUAAAUUCUUUUGUGUUGGAACUGCUGUUACGUCCAAACGGUCUAAAAGAUCUAUCAGCUCAUCCUUCUCCUCUUCUGAAAGUUCUCCGUUUAAGGCAGUGGUGAUCAGACUCCUGUCUGAAUGACUGACAUAUAGAAGAAGUCUAUCAAAAAGCACACCAUCGGAGACUUCCUGCUCACCAAAAAUAAGUGCCACUGUAAAAGCAGGGGAAAGGCAACAGGGAAAAUAGCCAUGGUCUUGAAAUCCCUUCAGUAGAAUUCGCUCAAUGGAUUUCCAUUCUUCUUCUUGCCACUUAGGACACAGAGAUUGAAUUCUCUGGUCCUCCCCUUCAGCUGUGUGGUCCAGUAGCUCGGUCCAAAAUGCAGCAUACACAUCCCUUGAGAUACCAUCUGCGUCAGCACCACUUUCAUCUAUGUAAGUGUAUCUAAGUUUAUGUUUGAGAAGUGCUGCAUCCUUGAAUUGGCCUAUCAUCUCCUCUAGAAGAUUGACCCUAUGAAGUCUUAUAGUGAUAAGCACAACAUCCAAUGAAGGAGUUGAACUUCUUGCUACCUCAUCUACAGAUUCAGAUUCUGCAGUAUCGUUGGCUGUUGGUGGAGGUGUGAUGGAAGCUUCAUCUUCUCUCAGUGCUGUGUCUGAAGUAGAGGAUGCUGCACUUACUGGGAGAGGCAUGCUGAUCAAUGUGUCGUUUCAGCUUGUUAUGGGAAUGAGGACUGAUGUGAUGAUAAGGUCCUCAUUGUUCUCCAAGUGAGGUAGAAAGAUCAAAGUAUCAUUCAUUUGGCCAGCCACAGGUUCUCCAAGAUAUGGGUCAAACAUAACCUCAGAUGUGUCUAGGUUUGCCUCAAUGUCAGAAGUUUGAAUAGGCUGGUCAUCUUCUUCCAACAUGUCAUUCAGUUGCUCAUCCUUGUUGUUUGAUGUUCCCAUAACACAUUCUUCAUCAUCCUUAUCUUCUGGGGUCUUAGUGCACAGGUAAAUUCUCAACACUCCCAUUCUAAGUAUGCUGUACAGUUCUCCAACUAUAAUAACAUCAUCAAAAAUAGCUUCCUCCUGAUAGUCUAAUAUGUCAUGACUAAAUGCUUCAAUUUUGCCUACUUUAUUUUCUCCCUUUGGGAAGAAAAUGUCUUUGGCAUACUGCAAGAUGUUCUCUUUUUUUUUGAGUCUUUCGGGACAUCAAGGGUCCUUGUUAACCCCCCCACCCCCCACCCCCCUCUACGUUUCCGGACUUGUUUACUCUCAUGGAUCCAUCCCAACUCAAUUUUUCUUGUUGGUUUCUCAGCCCAUUUGUUGUGUUUUGCAUACGUUCUUCUCCUUUUCUCCUGGUUAGUGUUAUCAUCAGUGUCACCAAUCCCCAUUCUUUGUUUGAGUUUGUCAAGCAAUGAUGUUUUUGUUGCUUGUUUUGUGCCAUGAUGUUGCCCAUGAUCCAAACAGAAGCGUCUUGCUGCAAUCCUGUCCCCGCAUGUAGGGAUGUAGCCAGCCAGGUUGUCAUCAUCCAUACAAUCAAUGACUCCAGCAUCAAUCUGUAAAGACAGACAUAAUAAUUACAAUUCACAAGACUACAUAAACACAGAGACAGGAAAGACAGGGUGGUAAUAGAUGGCAUUCGCUAUAACAAACUCGAGACUGGAUUUUAACUCCACAGUUGUAACUUCGUUUUUAUCCCUUAAUAUCCCUUUUAUCUCUUGUAUUCAUUAAAUUGAAUAUUAUUUCUGUGUAAUGAAGGUCAUCAAGUGUAACUUUGCUAAGGACGCCAGUCUGAUCAGCGCAGCACGGAGAAUAAAAACGAUGCAGGAUCUUUAUCUUAUGUUUCAUUUUUGCCUAUCCUGGACUAUCCUGGCUAAAAAUGAAACCUGCUGAUGAGAGCCUCUGACCCGCUGGCAACUGUGUUUUUCUCCCUCAGAAGCUGCGUUCCGAUCACCCUGCAGUUCCCUGCGAAGUGGACUGCGCACGAUAGACAUCUUAACUGAGGUUUCAAACCGCAGUGAACAGUUCAAAGGGAGCUGAGCCCUGCACAGGGAACAACUGAACAACAAUCGUACACUUCGCAGGGUAUUCCCUAAGCAGGGAGCAUGGUGCAGAUCGGAAAGCAGCAUGUAGUUGGUUAACAGGCUAGUUAGCUAACUAGCCUGGUAGCUAAUUAGCCUGUUACACAAUGCUUUAAUUAGAUGGUGAGUGGUCAAAAUUAGCUUACAUGAUCUUGUUCCAUCCAUUGGAGACAGUCCUCUGACACCCCACGACCUCGGAGAAAUCUGGACAGUGGAGAGUCCAUGGCGAUGUUCAAGCUCACUGAAGAGAGGCGUGUAUGAUUAGAUGGGUAUCACGUUAUUUCAAGAUUUGAAAUUUUCAUGUUAUAACCUGAUAACAUCUUAUCACGAAAUAACGUGAUACUUUCACGUUAUAACGUGAAAACUUCAUAUUAUGAAAUAACGUGAUAUUUUCACGUUAUAACGAUAUUUUCACGUAUAUCAUGAAAUAACGUGAUAUUUUUAUGUUAUAACGUGAAACGAUAUUGUUCUAACAAUAAACUUUUCACGUAAUUACGUGAUAAUGAGCCCCCAUUUUUUUUCUCUCGAUGUGGCAGCACCACGCUUCCGUACAGAUAUUUCCCUCAUCUCCAAACAUUUAAAUUUGUUCUACAGGAACAGACCUGGGCAUUUUACGGCCCGACUCUGACUGGCCCGCGAAAGGUUGCUUGGAAUUUAGAAAAUAAAACCUACUUUUGAAUUUUAAUGCGUGGACUGAACCAAUUGGAUGUAAAAACUGAUGCUUUCACUUUGAAGCCUGUUUAUUUAUGUACAGUGAGCGUAGCCUACGACGUCGUAUACGUAAUCCAUAAAACAAGUCAAUCAGUGCACAUUAUUAGCGGCCAUUUUCACCCCUCAACGAUGUACGGGCAUGUUAAAAAAAAGAAAGGAGGACGCUGAAGGCCGAAAGAUUUGGAGCACUAAAUAUUUGUCUACUGAAGUCGGCGGUAAACCCGUCUGUUUAGUUUGUGGUGAGCAGGUCGCUGUGUUCAAGGAGUACAAUUUGAGUCUGCAUUAUGAGACAAAACAUGCAGAGAAAUACAGACACUUGGCAGAGGCUGAGAGAGCGCAAAUUUUGGAAGACUUGCUAGCAAAGCUAGCAAAACAACAAGGCUAUUUUACCAAGCUACACACAGCCCGGGAUGUAGCGACCAAGACCAGCUUUGUAAUAUCCCACAAAAUCGCUAAAAACUGUAAGCCAUUCUUGGAUGGUGAGUUUGUGAAGGAGUGCUUAGUGGACUCUGCCACGCUAAUAUGCCCUGAGAAUAAAGACGCAUUUGAAAAAGUCCCGCUGUCCAGGCGAACCGUCACCAGAAGUGUCGAAGGCAUCGCGGAGGAUCUCAAACUUCAGCUAAAAAGUGGAGUUGAAUGUUUUGAGUUUUUCUCUUUGGCUUUGGAUGAGAGCUGUGAUGUCCGUGACACUGCCCAGUUACUGGUAUUUCUCUGAGGAAUAAGGCAGGACUUCAAGAUUACGGAGGAGCUGGCAGAAUUGAGGUCAAUAAAAGGAACAACAACAGGGAGCGAUCUGUUCAAGGAGGUAGAUGGUCAAGCUUGGACUAAAAUCGGACAAACUGGUAGGUGUCACUACUGAUGGUUGUCCGAAUUUGACGGGGAAAAAUGUCGGACUUUUGAAACAGAUCGUAGAUAAAGUGACUGAACUCGGCUCAGAGCAUAAGUUGGUGUUGAUACAUUGUAUUAUACAUCAGCAUGCGUUGUGCAGGUCUGUGCUAAAACUUAACCAUGUUAUUAAUGUUGUAACCAAAACGGUUAACUUUAUCAGGGCACGAGCAUUAAAUCACAGGCAGUUUGUUGCACUUUUAGAGGAGCAUGAGAAUGAACAUGGUGACAUCAGGUAGCACACAGCUGUCAGAUGGCUCAGUCUGGGCAAAGUGCUAAAAAGAUUUUGGGACCUGAAAACAGAGAUUCAAGAGUUUUGUAAAAACAUUGAGGAUGAAAUGCACCUGGUUUCCUCUCCCUUUACCUGCAGAGUAGAUAAUGCACCCAGUCACGUUCAGCUAG